AUGGCCGCCACAGCCAGCACCACAAACGGCAACGAUGCCGAUGCCGCCAAGAUGGCGGUUUGGAAGGAUGCCCUCUACGAACGAUGCAAGGAAGUUGCUGCCGAAAACGACCUCUUCUCCCAGGACGACUUGAUGAAGCUCGACGUCAUUCCCAACCGGGACCUGGCGCUUCUCGCGCGAGUCCUGCAGUCUCUCAGCGAUGACAAGCUGUUUGUGACUAUGCGCGAGGCUUCGGGCCAGGUUCUUUGGAAGUGGCGAGAUGCCCAAGAAGCACACAAGUACAAGCUCUGCUCGACCGAUGAACAAGUCAUGGUGUACUCCAUGAUUGACGAUGCUGGUGGCGAUGGUAUCUGGUCCCAGACGCUGCAGAAGCGUCUCAACAUGCACGAUUCGGUCAUGAAGAAUGCGCUGAAGCAGCUCCAGGCCAAGGGCCUCAUUGCGCCAUUCAAGAACGUCGAGCACCCCAACAAGAAGAUGUACAUCAAGGCGUCUAUCCGGCCUAGUGACAGAGCCACUGGUGGACCAUGGUACACGGACCAGAACUUUGACGAUGCCUUUAUCGAGGAGCUACAGCGUGUCGUCUUCGACUUUAUCAAGCGCCAGGGCAGCUACCACAGCAAGCAUACCAACGGCGUCAGCCGUACACAGACACCUAAGAAAGGCGUAAUCAAGGGCGGCAUUGAGAAGGGCAAGAAGCGCGACGCUGCGGAAAUGAAUAAGCCUGCCUCGAAGCCCGUCAAGCUGACCAAUGGCUCGGGACCAUCCAAGGACGGCCAACUGCUGCCCCUUCCCGCGGGAUACACCCAGUAUCCGACAGUACGCGAGAUUGCUCGCCUUCUAUCUGCAAGCGGUAUCACCAAUAACACUAUCCUGUCGGAAGAAGACGUCCGAAAGCUCAUUGACGUUUUGGUCUGGGACAACCUGAUCGAGCCUGUCAAGGUUGCCGGCCGUCUGGGCUACCGCGUGUGCCGGAUUUCGAAGCAGUCUACUGAGCCGUGGGCCGGCCGCGAAGAUUCUAUCGGACCGGGGUCGUACGUGAGUGCAUACACAGAGGCACCGUGCGGACGAUGCCCGGUCUUUGACAUCUGUGAGGAGGGCGGCCCAGUCGGGCCCAGCAAUUGUGAAUAUUUUCAGACUUGGCUUGGCUUGGACUCAUAG